AUGAAAACAGGGGAUAUUUUCAGCGAUGGAUAUUACAAACGAAACCGAAUUUUCAUGGUUCUCAUUGGAUUGUGGCCGGAAUAUCCGAAACGGCCGAGGAUUUUUGUACAGUGUCUUGCUUUGCUCUCGUUGGUCUCCGCGAUGAUACCACAGUAUGCAUUUCUGAUCAAAGUAUGCGAUAAUAUGGAUGAUGUGAUAUUCGCAUUCGUAGACCAGAUGACUGUUUCUGUAGCGCUUGUCUAUUAUUACGUCUUCAUAAAAAAUAUGGAAUGGAUUCAUUUAACUAUAAAUCAAAUACGAGAGGAUUGGCGUAUUUUGGAGAAGUCAUCAGCUUUGGAAACUCUACAAACGUAUGCUAAGAGAGGAUACUUGGCAACUACAUUCUAUACAUGGGUGAUCUUCACGACAGGAAUAUGUUUCAGUCUACUCCCGUUGAAGCCAGUGGCUCUGGAUAUAAUACUUCCUCUUAAUGAAUCAAGGCCGAGAACAAAUGUAUUGAAAGUCGAUCAUUCGAUCUAUGGCAUCGAUAAGGAUAAAUACUAUUUUACUAUCUCAUUUCAUGGCAUAAUGAAUGUCGUGCUGUUGCUGAAUUUUAUAGUAGCGGUUGAUACAUUUAUUAUAAUCUUAAUCGAACAUUGCUGUGGCUUAUUUGAAGCUGUUGGCGAUAUAUUACGACAAAUGCAGGCCGAUAUUUCUCCAGAGCAUCAACAUGAAAUACUUUGUGACGCUAUAGGAGUACAUCAUCGGGCCUUGACAUUGGCAGAUUCUAUUGAAUCAACAUUCACAAUGAUGUAUGGCUUCAUAGUUUUAGUUAGCAUGAUAUUAGUCAGUUUGACAGGCAUCGAAAUAAUUUUGAAAUUGGGCGACCCAGCUGAACUAAUAAGAUUUGCCUUGUACGGUGGUGCACAAAUAAUGCAUUUGCUCUUCGUCAGUAUUCCAGGUCAAGAAAUAUAUGACCACAGUAGUCGAGUAUUAGAGGAAACGUAUAUAUCAAAAUUGAUAUACAUCAUGUUAAUGCGUAGCAUAAAGCCAAUGCAUUUGACAGCUGGAGGAUUCUACAUCCUGUGCUUGCAGAGUUUUGGAAACGUAUUGAAAACAUCAUUUUCUUUUUUUACGGUACUGCUAUCGUCUCGUUAA